GUCCCUGGAGGCAGGGAGCUGUGCGGACGGAGGGAAGCGGAGCUCCCGGGCCGGCUGAGCGCAGCCCCUGCCGCCCGCCCGCAGCGAAUCCUCGAAACGCUGCCAUGUGCCGCUCGGCUCGGCGCCGCUGCCGCCUUACCGCUUAAUCUCAGUGUCACUGAAGUUUAGGAUUUUCAAUGAGAAAAAAAAACAACUUCUGAAGACCAAAUCUGCUCCCUGACGGGAAGAGAGACAGCGCAGAAGUGCCUGCAGGGUCCAGCAUGCCUCAGUCCCAGGAGCAGGCUGGACUCCUGCCCUGCACAGCCUCUCCCCCUCACGAUCUGGACAGCAGCCGCCAGCCCUGGAUCGCUCCCAGCGGCUCUGGAAGCCGGGGGGCAGUCCGCCCUGCUGCCCUCCGCCACGAGUCUCCACCCCCUGGAGCUGAGCCUUAAGUAGGGCAGGAGCUGUGCAAGGAGAGCAGAGACGGAGACAACAAACCCAGGCUGCUCUGGAAAGGAAAUCCUAGCAGAACACAGAAGGCAAAGCGCACAAAGAGAUAGCCUCUGAGAUUUGAAGGUGAUGUGGAGAAGGCUCAGAAUGGAAGGCAGACUCCCGUGUCUGCUCUUGCUGGUGGGAGCAGUCAUGAGUGCUCAGUGCCAGGGCUUGCACCUGCGUUUCAGACGGGGAGCCAGAUCCAGAGCCAUUUGCACAGACAAAUCAUCUGGAGAAAUUUACCAGCACAGGGGGACCUGGCUGAGGCUCUCAGGGAGCAGAAUAGAAUACUGUAGGUGUGACAGCGGUUGGAGUCGCUGCCACACUGUGCCUAUCAGAGCCUGCACUAGAAACAUGUGCUACAACGGGGGCCAGUGCUCACAGGCCUACUAUUCCCCACAGCUCUUCCUCUGCCAGUGCCACCAGGGCUUCUCUGGGAAGCAGUGUGAGAUAGAUACUGAAGCUAAGUGCUACAAAGAUGCUGGAGAAACUUACAGGGGUACCUGGAGCACGACAGACAGUGGAACUGAAUGCCUGAACUGGAACAGCAAUGGCUUGGUGGAGCAGAAAUACAGCGGCCGGAGAGAGGAUGCUGCUGAGCUGGGACUGGGCAACCACAACUAUUGCAGAAACCCAGAUGAGGAUUCCAGACCUUGGUGCUACAUCUACAGAGGAGGGAAGUACACCUGGGAACACUGCAGUGUGCCCUCCUGUUCCAAAGCUGGGAACAUCAUCUGCAAAUCUGGAAGAGGCACAGACUACAGAGGCAGCCAGAGUGUUACCAGCUCUGGGGUUGCCUGUCUGAGGUGGGAUUCUUGGAUCCUUGCCAACAAGGUGUACACUGCCUGGAGAAGAGAUGCAGCCCAGCUGGGCCUUGGCAGCCACAACUUCUGCCGGAAUCCUGACAACGACAGCAAGCCCUGGUGUCAUGUCCUGAAAGGAGGUCAGCUCACUUGGGAGUACUGCAGUGUGCCAACUUGCUCCAGCUGCGGGCUGCGGCAGCGCAGAGCCAGGCAGUACAGGAUCAAGGGCGGCUCCUCCGCAGACAUCGCUGCCCACCCCUGGCAGGCUGCCAUCUUCGUGCGCUAUCGGCGAGCUCCUGGGGAGCACUUCCUCUGCGGAGGGAUCCUGAUCAGCUCCUGCUGGGUUUUGUCAGCUGCUCACUGCUUUGAGGAAGGCUUCAGUAGAAGCCAGCUGAGGAUUGUGCUGGGCCGGACCUCCCGAGCCACCCCUGAGGAGAAUGAGCAGAGGUUUCAAGUCAAGAGCUACGUUGUGCAUCAGCAGUUUGACUCAGAGAACUUCAACAAUGACAUUGCUCUGCUGCAGCUGAGCUCCAAGACAGAGGACUGUGCUAUUGAGACAGACACUGUUCGUGCUGCCUGCCUCCCAACACCACAGCUGCAGCUGCCUGACUGGACUGAAUGUGAGAUCUCUGGCUAUGGCAGAGAUGAGGAAUUCUCUCCAUUCUACUCGGAGCAGCUGAAGGAAGGCCACGUGCGGCUGUUCCCAGCCAGCCGGUGCACAGCACAGCACCUGGACAACAGGACAGUCACAGAGAACAUGUUGUGUGCAGGGGACACAAGGAACCUGGAUGAUGCCUGCAAGGGUGACUCUGGAGGGCCUCUGGUCUGCAUGAAGGAGAAGAGGAUGUACCUGAUAGGCAUCAUCAGCUGGGGCAUCGGCUGCGGCCGCAAGGACAAGCCUGGGGUCUACACCAACGUCAGUCGCUACCUUGGCUGGAUUCAGGACAACAUGAACCCCUAAGAAGGAAAAGUGAACCACCCACAGUCUUGUGGCCAUGCCCUUGCAGCCUUUGUCUGGGUGCUUUAAGGAUGCUGGCAGGGCUUCCUCUUUACCCAGAGGCCUUUCAGUACAAGAGGAAGACAGCUGCAGUGUGUGGGAAGGGCACGUUCUCUAGUUGCUCCCCUUUCCUUACUGCAGGGUAGUGGGAGCUAACACUUCCCUCCCUCCACAUCCCCAAGCUUUCUGCUUGCACCAAAUCCCAUGAAAGCAAAAGCUCUCUUUAGCACAGCAGGGCAGAACAAAGGACAGGUGGAACGGUAGCAAUCUGAGGUGUCUGCUAGACUGACACCCACGAGUGAAGGUCAGUUCAAAUGUCCCAAGGCUGCACUUGUCUCUUAGCAGAAGACAGGGCAGGUCUCUCCACGUCACUGUGAACCAGAAGCUCAGUAAUAAGCUUUACUGACUGGCAUUGUGGCUGCCAUGUGACACUAAGUGGCAUCUGUGCACAGCCCAGGAGUUAAGCCUCUUUUGAGAGAUCCUCUCUUGCCCAGUUGCUUUAUAAAGAGAAAGAAGAUGUGAAAUGAAAAUGUUCCAGAAGUUUAGUGUCUAUCCCAGGGGCAGUGUAGCUACACAACCAGGCUACUGUCUUUGGGAGGUUCAGACCAUUUUAACUCAAUGUUUACUCCCACAGUUUCUAAUGAUCUGGGAAAUGCUAAGAAAGCUGAGCAGGAAAUUAAUGUUAACCUUUCAGACACUGCCUUCAGCCCAAGCUCACACUCACAGCUGCAUGAAGACAUUUAUCUCCUCAAGCCACCUGGCAUAACUUGCUGCCUUCUUCAACUACCAACUGUAUUUGUUGCAAAGCCCCCAGAAAGGACUCUGAGCUGGCACAGCUGACAUGUGAAAACAAACUUUAUUGAUGCCCUUGCUGAAGGUUUGAUUUGCACUGAACAUGCUCAGCAGUGAGCUCACCUGCUGUGGCAUCAGCUGCGCUGCGACUUCGAAUCUAACCACUCAGCCACUGCAAGUAUGCACCACAUGCAAACCAGAGUGGAUGUUAUCCUUUGCUUAGGGUCACCGUGCUCUGUUCACAAGCAUCUGGACUCCACAAGCAGCUGCUGCAGUCCCACAUACAGCAGCACGGGGACGAGUUCUGCUAGCGGAGAACACACGUUGGCAUCUAGUGGCCAGAGAACACACUACAGACAACGUGGAAGUGGACAGAUGCUUCCAGUUCCAUAUUGAGGCUAUACAGACAGAUGCAACACAGACUGGAAUGGGCAGAUGCAGCAAAAAUCCCUGCACAAGGAAUGGUCCCAGUGAAGAUCCAGUAUAGGCUUGAACCCCCCUGCACAGCAGCUGACUGAUAGGGGAACUGCAAUCAGGGAGGCCAGCCAGGAAAACUACCAAGGUGCCAGCACACAACUAUGCUAAAGGCAGCAGUGAGCAGGAGAGCAGAGCUGUCACCUUCAUUUGCAGCAGGCAGGCAGAGACAAACAGUUAGAGAGGUAAUCUUCAUUUAGCCACAGCUUUGCUGUCUCCACAAAAGCUCCCCUGCCUGUUUCUCCCCUGACCCUCCAGAGAAGCUGCGAGAAUCACUACCUCCAAACACUGACAAGGAGAAGCAGAUUUGCAUUCAGAUGUCUCCACCCAUCAGUUACCAAGCCACAAGUGCUACCCUAGGCCUUCCUAAAAUACCUUGUGAAGAUCUGGGUGGGUUUCCAGUCUGUCUCCAGAGAUUAAAGGUACCUGAUGACCAAAAUGGCUUAUGAAAUGCCUAGAAGAAGCAUCCACUUCUUCCCUUUCUCCCUCUGGCACCAGUCCCCCUCUAGGGCUCCUUAACAUAGGACAAUGGCUUUCCACUUCUUCCAAUCCUUUGGAGGCAGAAUGGCUUGGAUGAUCUCUCUGCUGCCAAGAACUAUACAGCUCUCCACCCAAAUGACCACUGAUGGAGAAGGGCAGAGCCUGGACUGCCACAGUGGAGCUGAAGUUUGUGGCAAUUCAACUUUGUAUCCCUCUGCAAGGGCAUAAAAGCCAGCAGGAAUAUAAAGGAGUUACAAAAGGCAGUAAAUCCCUAGAAUGUACUUCAAGACAGCAAAAUGAAGGUGAUAGAAGCUUGCAUCCAUGACUCACUAAUCCCAAGGGAUCUGAACACCUCUCCCAUUGUUCCAAGUACUUCAGACUCAGCUAGAGAUGAGAUGGUUUCAGGUCAGCAUUACUUCCCCCUGCUCCCCAGCACCCUGUGCACUGGCUCUCCUGCUCAUGCUGCCAGAGGCAAGGGAGCAACCCUAAACAGAUGGAUGGAAUAAGAGGCUGCAUCCAGCAGCCAGGGACAGAAGAAACAGAGAAGUGCAUCCUCUAGGUUCGGACUUGGAACUUGCCAGCCUUAGUCAUGUAUUUUAUCCCCUUGAAGGGUUUGUACUUCUCCCCAUACAUGUCCAAGCGGUUCACCUUCAGUCCUAGAAGCAAACAAACAGAGACUGAGCAGAGCUGCCUUCAGGAUCAACAAGUGGAUCACAGCAGAUGUGCAAAAAGCACAGGGAGCUCUAGCAGGCACUGCACAGAAAGGAGAGAAGUGGCAGCUACCAACUGUCAGAAUCCUUCCUACGAGCACAUCCCCACCCUUGCACCCUUUGUAGGUCUGCGGGCAGAGCAUGCAAGGCAACAAAGACAGGCUGCUUACAGAGCAUCACAGAGAGCAAAUCCACCCUCUGUAGCCAAAGCAGACAUCUUUUGUCAUGUGGAGAAUAGUUUCCAGAGAGAAUGGACUUCAGAAGGCCUGCAGAGCUCCUGCAGGUACAUGCAAAGUGAGCACUGACACGGCAGCAAGGUUCAGCCUCUAGCUGACAGUCACUUACCAGAUAUAGCCAGCUGCUGAAUUUUGAACUGUAGGUUAAUGGUAGGGUUUUCAUCUGGUUUGGAAGUCCCAGCUUGCAGGCUCACACUCCCCUUCAGGCUUGGCAGCUUCUGGGGGUUUAUUUUGCCCACAUCCCAUGACAGCAACUUCAAGGAACAGAAAAUGCAGCAGUGAAACAGAAGUGCUCUGACAUCAUCAGGACAGCAGCGUGCAGGAAAUGCUUAGGUGAGCAGGGACAACUCAGCUUCGUUUGCUGAAGGGUCAAAAAGAUGUAAAUAAAAGAUUGAUUUCUCCUUCCUCUCA